AUGCUCACCUCCGGCCUCACUAAUGCGCCCCUCACCAAAGCCCUCCUCAUCUACACCAUCGCCUCCUCCAUCGCCAUCUCACUCUUCGACAUCAAACACCUCGUCGUAAUCUAUGUAUCCCCCCAUAUCUGGCCCUAUGCCCAAUUCUGGCGCGCUAUAGUCUGGCAGACCGGUUUCACCAAUUCCACCGAGGCUCUAUUCGCCGCCAUGCUCGUCUACCACCUACGAGUCGUCGAGCGCGCGUGGGGGAAGCGGAAGAUGGCGGUAAGUAUUUUGCUUUCUCCCCAGGCCCUUAACACAUACAAGCGACGGAUCCCAAAUCAAGCUGUCCAGAUCCAACGAAUACCGAUCACUGACCUACACCCACAGACCUUCCUACUCACAACUCUCCCCUACACAACCCUCCUCCCACCACUUCUCGCCCUCAUACUCCGCCCUCUAUCACUAAACACCCUCAACUACCUCCCCUCCGGCCCAACAGCCACCAUCUUCGCCCUGCUGGCCCAGUACCACGCCACAAUCCCCCAUACAUACCGCUACCGGCUCGGCACCACAUCCGGCCCAGAAGACACCGACCCCGAAACCCCAUCAAAGAGCCUCACCCUCCUCCUGUCCGAUAAAUCAACUACCUACUUCGUCGCCGCCCAGCUCGCCCUCUCCCAGUUCCCGGCUAUGCUCCUCCCGUCCGCGGCGGGCUGGAUCGUCGGCGUGGCGUGGCGCGCGGAGCUGCUACCCGGUCUGUCGCCGGUGAGCACGGGGUUCCGGGUUCCGGCGUGGGUGGUGGGUGAGCAGGAGCGGAGGAAUGGGAGCUCCGGGGCUGAUGGGGAGAGGGAGAGGUAUGAGGAUUUGCGGCGCAGGUUGGAGGGGGAGGUUGCUUCGGCUUCUGGGUUGGAGACUGGGGCGCAGGCUCAGAGACGGGGGAAUGCUGCUGGGAGUGGGUUUGUGGAUAGGUUGAGGGGUGCUUGGUAG